AAAAUGAAAGUUUCUCUCUGGUUUUGUGAUGAAGACAGUCUGGACUCACUGAAGGACACGUAUAUGAGAGAGGGUGGUUGUGGCCUCUUCUGCUGUUUCUUGGGAGUGAAGCUCUUCCCUCUCUGGGUGGCUGGUGCCCAGGAAGCCUCAUGAGAGGGAAGAUCUAGGGCCUGACAGGGGGCCUCAGCCUCUCAGGGUAGACGUCACUCAAGUGUCUAAGGCAGGCAGAGAGACCAGUGGGAGAAUGUGCACCCACAGCCUGGGUUACAUGACCACAGGCUACCUCAUGUGCACCAAGGAGACUUUUUCAAAAAAUAGAAGUACAGACCAGGUGUGGUGGCUCACGCCAGUAAUCUUAGAGCUUUGGGAGGCUGAGGCAGGAGGAUCACUUGAGCCGGAGAAUUCCAGGCCUGCCUGGGCCACAUAGAGACUCCUGUCUCUACAAAAAAUAAGGUACAGAACACUUUUACAUUAUGAAAGUUGCAUCAUAGAUCACAACAAUUUUAAAAGCAGAAAGAAGGAAGAGGCUGGGUGCAGUGACCUAUGCCUGUAAUCCCAACACUGGGAGGCCAAGGCCAGCAGAUCACUUGAGGCCAGGGGUUCGAAACCAGCCUGGCCAACAUGGCGAAAUCUCGUCUCUACUAAAAAUACAAAAAGAUUAGCCAGGUCUGGUGGGCACACGGCUGCAACCCCAGCUUUGUGGGAGGCUGAGGCACGAGAAUCCCUUGAACCCUGGAGUGGAGGCUGCAGUGAACUGAAAUUGCGCCACUGCACUCCAGCAGCAGCCUGGGUGACACAGACUCUUGUCUCCAAAGAAAAAAAGGGAAGAAAAUCACUUUUACUAUCACCCAAAAGUGACACCCCUCAACAUUUUGAAUAAUUCCACCUAGUCCUUUUCUAGCUAUGGGGCUAUCUGACUGGUGGUAGCAUUUUGUUCUCUUACUGUUGUUGGCAUUGUGGCAGAUAGCUCCCUCAUGCUAUUACCAGUUUCGUAAACCUGCCCCUAAUAACUGCAUACAUCUGCUUUUGUACAGGGGCCACGUCAUAACUUACUGACUUUUUCUGUUUUGACAUGAAGUGGGUUGGCCAGGAGCCCUACCCAGGCCGAAGACACGUUGAAAUUGCCCUGUGACAGGGAGCCAGGGAAACCCCAGGAGAGGGCUGAGGCUGGGGCGCUGGUUUUGCUUCCUCCACCUGGUUCCUCUUGUUCUCAGAACGUAAAGCCCCUCCCCCCUCUUUUUUUUUUCCAACGUCUGCCUCUUGGGGUCAAGCCAUUCUCCUGCCUCAGCCUCCUGCAUAGCUGGGACUACAGGCAUGCGCCCCAACACCUGGCUAAUUCUUUUUUUUUCAGUAGAGACGUGGUUUCACCAUGUCGGCCAGGCUGGUCUCAAAAACUCCUGACUUAAGGUGAUCCUCCCGUCUAAGCCUUACAAAGUGCCGGUAUUAUAGGCGUGAGCCACAGCGCCGGCUGCAAAGCCCAUUUUUCUAUGGGUAACAUGCGCUGCAUGGGGUGGCACCAUUUUUCACCCAGCGGGUGAGCAGGCAGUGAGGUCGCAGGCCCAGAGUAGCGCGCGCCUCCAAAGGCCCGUGUGUGCACGUGGGCACGAGGCGCCACCGUUUCCAGCCAGGCCUGCGGGCCGCCACACGCGGGCUGGACUUCGAAAUGGCUUCCCCGCCGCGGUGCUCCCGGACAGCCCCGGACAAGAACUGCAAGCUGCCCCCACCCUCGGCCCCCACUGGCGGUUACUGUCCCGGCAAGGCGUCCUGGGGAACCCUGGUGAGGGCCUCAGGCCGUUUCAAGCUUCCAAUCCCGCAGACACGCAGAAACGUGCAGCUGCUGGCCACUCUGGACCCCCUGGCCUCCAGGGAACCACCACAGCUGCUACCCGAGAAGCACGAGGUGCCGGAGAAAUUGAUCUGGGGCGACCAGGACCCUCUCUCCAAGAUCCCGUUUAAAAUUCUGAGUGGGCACGAGCACACUGUGAGUACUUGCCACUUCUGUGUGGAUGACACAAAGCUCCUCAGUGGCUCCUAUGACUGCACUGUGAAGCUGUGGGAUGCGGUGGAUGGUUCUGUGGUUCGCAAUUUUGAGCCCAGGCCCAAAGCUCCUGUUGUAGAGUGCAGCAUAACAGCCGACAGCAGCAGAGUCCUUGCUGCCUCCUAUGAUAAGACAGUGAGGGCCUGGGACCUGGAGACAGGGAAGCUGCUGUGGAAGGUCAGGUAUGACACCUUCAUCGUGUCCUGUAAGUUUUCUCCUGAUGGUAAAUACGUGGUCUCGGGCUUCGACGUGGAUCACGGAAUCUGCAUCAUAGACGCUGAGAACAUCAGCACCGUUUCCGUUGUCAAAGAUCAUCACACAAGGUCCAUCACGUCAUGCUGCUUUGACCCCGACAGCCAGAAGGUGGCUUCUGUCUCACUGGACAGGUGCAUCAAGAUCUGGGAUGUUACAUCCCAGGCCACGCUGCUCACCAUCACCAAGGCGCAUUCCAAUGCAAUCUCAAACUGCUGUUUUACCUUCAGUGGCCACUUCCUGUGUACAAGCUCCUGGGAUAAAAACUUAAAAAUAUGGAACGUCCACACAGGGGAGUUUCGAAACCAUGGAGCCUGUGUGACCCUGAUGCAGGGCCAUGAAGGUUCCGUCAGCUCCUGUCACUUUGCCAGAGACAGCUCUUUUCUCAUUUCUGGAGGGUUUGAUAGGACUGUGGCUAUUUGGGACGUAGCAGAAGGCUACCGGAAGCUCUCCUUGAAGGGCCAUAAUGACUGGGUGACAGAUGUUGCUGUCAGCAACAACAAGAAAUGGAUCCUGUCUGCUUCCAAGGUACGAGGUCUCACUAUAUUGCCCAGGCUGGUCUUGAAUUCCUGGGCUCAAGUCAUCCUCCUGCAUAUGCCUCUCAAAAUGCUGGAUUACAAGUGUGAGCCACCAUGCCCAGCUUGCAACUAACUUUUGAAUGACAAUAUCUAAGAGCUGGGAAGACAUUUUUUGUUACCACAAUUUGGCAAGCCACUUGCUAUACUGUAGGAAGUAUGCUUAUUGGUAAGAUCUGACAGCUCUACACAGUGAAGCCAACACAUCUGUUACCAACAUGUGCCCUUUGUUCUCCCACAGGAUAUUUAAUUUCAACUGCUGAAUCAAGAAAUGUAACAUACUAAGUGUAUCCAUUUAUUUUUUUAUUUUUUAAAGGCUAGUCAAGUGAAGCAGUGGGAGUGGAGAAGGAACAAAGAAAUCUAACUGGUUGUGAUCAAUUAGUUGUAAACACCACUGCACUGGACCAGUGUAUCCAUUUUUUUAUUGCUGCUAUAUUAAGUUACAGGACUGUACUGUUUAAACAUUAAGUAACACAAAUUUACUAUCUUACAGUUCUGUAAGAUAGAAGUCUGACAAGUUCUCAUUGGGUUAAAAUCUAGGUGUCAACAAGAAUGCAUUCCUUUCGGGAACUAUUAUUUAUUUUAUUUUAUUUAUUUAUUUAUUUUUGAGACCGAGUUUCGCUCUUGUUACCCAGACUGGAGUGUAAUGGCGUGAUCUCGGCUUGCCGCAACCUCCGCCUUCUGGGUUCAAGCAGUUCUCCUGCCUCAACCUCCCGAGUAGCUGGGAUUACAGGCACGUGCCACCAUGCCCAGCUAAUUUUUUAUUUUUAGUAGAGAUGAGGUUUCACCUUGUUGACCAGGAUGGUCUCGAUCUGUUGACCUCGUGAUCCACCCACCUCAGCCUCCCAAAGUGCUGGGAUUAUAGGCGUGAGCCACCGCGCCCGGCCUCGGGAACUAUUAUUUUAUUUUUUUUUCCGAGCUAGCUGAGAUUUUAUUUUGGACCAAAAAAAAAAAAAAAAGCAAUUGAAUUGUUUUGCAGCUGGAGGCAUGGGCAAGGGGGGUCCCCAGGCAGUAAACUCCCCGCUGGUGGGCUGAGGGCUAGGGCUGAGCAUCAGGUGGGUCUCCUGUUCCCUUCACUCCCCUGCACAGCAACCUCCCUCCUGGGCUCUGGGGCAGCCUCAGGAGGGGCAGGCUGGGAGGGGCUGUUGCAGCUGUUCACUUGGGCAGGACGUCAGAGGACUCGGACACCAGCCUCCCAUCGCGGGUCUUAAUCUUCUUCACAACCACAGCCUUGGUGGAGCUGGUGCGGCUGAUGGAGCUGGAGCCCAUGACAGAGCAAAGCUGGAGCCCAGGCCGUAGCUGAGGCCGGGGCUUGUGAGGCCCCCAUAGGCAGAGCUCAGACCACCUGCAUAGCUGCUGGUGGUCUUCGUGUGGAUACUCAUGUUCUGCAUCCCGGACUCCAGCCGGCUCUCCUCGCCCUCCAGUAGCUUGCGGUAGGUGGCGAUCUUGAUGUCCAGGGCCAGUUUGACAUCCAUCAGCUCCUGGUACUCACGCAGCUGCUUUGCCAUGUCCUGCUUGGCCUGCUGCAGGGCGGCCUCCAGCUCCUGCCUGCUGCUUGGUAUGAGCAUCCUUGAGUGCCUGCUCCCUGCGAUGCUCAGCAUCUCUAAUGGCGGCCUCCGGGGAAGCCCUCUGGCCUUUGAGGCCCUCGAUCUCAGCCUGGAGUCAGCUGAUGUUCCGGUUCAUCUCGGAGAUCUCAGUCUUCGUACGCUGCAGGUCAUCUCUGUGCUUCCCAGCCAGCCUCUGCAGCUCCUCAUACUUGAUCUGGUAUACACUCUCCGCCUCAGCCCGGCUGCGGAUGGCAAUUUCCUCGUAUUGUGCCUUGACCUCGGCGAUGAUACUGUCCAUGUCCAGAGAGCGGCUGUUGUCCAUGGACAGCACCACAGACGUGUCGGAGAUCUGGGACUGCAGCUCCCGGAUCUCCUCUUCAUACAGCUGCCUGAGGAAGUUGACCUCGUCAGUCAGUCCUUCCAGGCGAGACUCCAGCUCUACCUUGUUCAUGUAAGCUUCAUCCACAUCCUUCUUGAUGAGGACAAAUUCAUUCUCCAUCUCUGUACACUUAUUGAUCUCUUCCUCAUACUUGUUCGUGAAGUCCUCCACCAGCCCCUGCAUGUUGCCAAGCUCCGCCUCCAGCUUCAGCUUCUCCUGGCCCAGAGUCUCCAGCUGCCCCUCAGGUUGUUGAUGUAGUUCUCAAACAUGUUGUCCAUGUUGCUCCGAGCCGUUUUCUGCUGCUGCAGGAGGCUCCACUUGGUCUCCAGCAUCUUGUUCUGCUGCUCCAGGAACCGCACCUUGUCGAUGAAGGAAGCAAACUUGUUGAGGGUCUUGAUCUGCUCCUUGUCCUGGGUACGCACGGCCUGGAUGUUGGGGUCCACAUCCACCUUAAUGGGGUUCAGCAGGCUCUGGUUGAUGGUGACAGCGGUGAUGCCUCCCAUGCCUAUGCCGCUGGCCCCAGAAUAGCCUGCACCCAGGCCACCCCAGAAGCCACUACAGCUCACUCGGGAGAAGCUCAAGCGGGCACUGGGCCCACUCGUGAAGGAGCGGCUGCUGAAGGCCCCGGGGCCAGAGGUGGACACCUUGUAGGACUUCUGGGUAAUUCCAAAUUCCUUUGGUAAUCAAGUACAAAAAGGCCAUGGGCUUAAAGUUGAAACAGGUUGGUAUUGGGUAAAAUGAAGCCAGUGAAAGCUUUCAUUAGUUUCCUCUAUAAUUUGUCAUUUGAACACCUGAUGGACAUGGUGGAGGCAGGAGUGGAGGCAGGUGGGCUGAACCAGGGAGAGAUUCCAGAAGGAGUGGAGAAGCUGCUUCUUCAGGAACUAUUAUUAACUAAAGUUAACUAAAGUCCGUGGUUUACAUCGUUUCACACUUUGUGUUGUAUAGGUCUAUGGAUUUUGCCAAAUGCGUAUCAUAUAUCCACCAAUACAGUGUCAUGCAGAAUAGUUUUUUUUUUCUUUUUUUUUAGAUAGUGUCUUGCUCUGUUGCCCAGGCUGGAGUGCAAUGGCACGAUCUUAGCUCACUGCAACCUUCACCUCCUGGGUUCAAGCCAUUCUCCUGCCUCAGCCUCCCAAGUAGUUGGGACUACAGGCGCAUGCUACCAUACCUGGCUAAUUUUUGUAUUUUUAGCAGAGAUGGGGUUUCACCAUAUUGGUGAGGCUGGUCUCAAAUUCCUGACCUCACCUUCUUCUGCUUCUCAAAGUGCUGGGAUUAUAGGCAUGAGCCACCGUGCCCAGCCAUACAGAAUAGUUUUACUGUUCAUCCCUCCUCCUCUUCCUCAUCAUCCUGGGCAACCACUGAUCUAUUUGCUUUCUUUACUUUUGCCUUUUCCAGAACGUCAAGGUUGGAAUUACACUCUGUGGCCUCUUCAGGCUGGCUUCUUUGGCGUAACAAUGUGCAUUGAAGAUUCCUCUUUCUGUGCCUUUUGACUGCUGAAUGAUAUUCCUUUGUAUGGAUGUACCACAGCUUGUUUUAUGACUGCUGGUUUCCUAUUUGUUUUAGGAUAGGACCAUGAGACUGUGGAAUAUUGAAGAAGUUGACCAAAUUCCUUUGGUAAUCAAGUACAAAAAGGCCAUGGGCUUAAAGUUGAAACAGGUUGGUAUUGGGUAAAAUGAAGCCAGUGAAAGCUUCAUUAGUUUCCUCUAUAAUUUGUCAUUUGAACAAACUUUGGGCACCUAGAGAUGCAAGUGUGAACAAAGAGACCAACAUUUUUGCCCCAGCAGAGCUUAAAUUCUAAAAGAGGAAACACACAAGAAAAAUGUGUAGUAAGUUGCAUGGUGUUAAGUAAUUGACAGAAAAUACACAGCAAAAGGGAAUAGGAGUGCUGGAGGUUGCAAGAUUUUUUUUUUUUUUUUUUUUUUGAGACGGAGUGUCGCUCUUGUUACCCAGGCUGGAGUGCAAUGGCGCGAUCUCAGCUCACCGCAACCUCCGCCUCCUGGGUUCAGGCAAUUUUCCUGCCUCAGCCUCCUGAGUAGCUGGGACUACAGGCAUGCGCCACCAUGACCAGCUAAUUUUUUUUUUUUUUAGUAGAGACGGGGUUUCACCUUGUUGACCAGGAUGGUCUCAAUCUCUUGACCUCGUGAUCCACCCGCCUCGGCCUUCCAAAGUGCUGGGAUUACAGGUGUGAGCCACCGCGCCCAGCCCUGGUUGCAAGAUUUUAAAAGGUAGUCAGGAUAGGUCUCACUGAGGUGGCCGCUAUUUCAAUUUGAAGGUGGUGAGGGGGUGAGCCAUGUAGAGGAGAGAACUUCCAGCUGGGCACAGUGGCUCUCGCCUGUAAUCCCAGCAGUUUGGGAGGCCGAGGCGGGCAGAUCACCUGAGGAGGGAGUUCGAGAUGAGCCUGGCCAACAUAGAGAAACCUCAUCUUUACUAAAGAUACAAAAUUAGCCAGGCAUGGUGGCGCAUGCCUGUAAUCCUAGCUACUUCAGAGGCUGAGGUAGGAGAGUCACUUGAACCCGGGAGGUGGAGGUUGCGGUGAGCCAAGAUUGAGCCAUUGCACUCUAGCCUGGGCAACAAGAGCAAAACUAAGUCUCAAAAGAAAAAAAAAAAAAAGAGAUUCCAGAGAAGGGAGCCUUUGCCUUGCCUUGCUCAACAUAGCUGGAUCAGGUGGGAGAAUUCUAAUGAUGUGCCUGAUGAGAAUUCUAAUGAACCCCUCUGACGAGCACCUCCUUUCUGCUCUUUUAAAAUAUCCCAUGUCAGUGCGAAAGAUGUGACAGGCCUUUCUCCAUCUUUGAGAGUGACACCUCUUCUGAAAUAUUCACCCAAUGCGUGUUCUGCCGGAUAGAUACAAGGGGCUUGCCAGCGGAGACUUCAUCAUUAUCAUCAUUGGAAAGGGAGAACUCACCAUUGCCAAGGGGAAGCAAGGAUGACUGACAGCCACGGGACCCUUUGAGUGACUUGAGCACAGGCUACCUAGCAUGUAGGUUUCGGGGCUCUGCAGGGACUUUCUCUUGUGCCCCUCCCAGACUCAGUGGUCCUGUCAUACUGGGGCAGGAUGCAAGCGUUGGCUGGGCUCUAAGCACAGUGCCACCUCCUCAGCUCUCAGCUUAGGGAGUGAACACUUUAUUUUCUGUUUUCACGCAAAAUAAAUCUAAUUCCUUUGGAAAA